AUGUGUAAGCAGUGUGAUCAUAUCCUUGCUCAUCCUGCCGACCGGCACCGGGGAACGUCUACUAUGAAUAGGCAUUUCUUACAGGCCGCUACCUGUCAAAAGCGAAAGACUAAAACACAUGAUAUCAGAAAGAUGAUCUCGAAUGGGGUUCGGAAGAUUGCAGUCUAUAUCAAUAAAAGCCCCCAGCGCCGCGAGAGCUUUAUCGGACUGUAG